GCGCUCGUGUGUAACUCGGUCUCCGGCCCUAUUACUCACUCUUCCACCUAACACUCGUGUUUUUGUAUAAUGAGACGGGGUUGGUCCUCUCACGUGUCGUUUGGGCGUGUGCACAAUGUUGGUGUGUGUUCGCCUGUGGCAGGACGUGUAGAGAGCGACGCCAUGCUGCUAGAGCGCGCGCUUCCGUGCGAAAGGCAGAUGUGAAUGUGGAUGUAGGUCACUUACUGAGACGUGGCAAAGCGCUCAGCUCCGCGAAAAUGGCAGCCGAAAGUUUGUAACAUUGAAUAAGUAAGUAGGUGAAAAUUUAAGCCCUUCCCUUGUAGUCAAGGUCAGCGGAGGGACGCUGCGUAGUUUAAAAAGCAGCCGAAAGUGAUUUAAUCAUCUGCAGUCUCAGGAAGUGCCGGUCGUUAUGAGCACGGAAUAGUUUCCCAGGUCGUGUUCACUUCAACUAACUUGUUCUUUACGUUAACAUACUGAUUGUUAAUGGCUACAAUGGCAAAUGGAUCGGAUCCCAAACGGACCGGAGCUCAGGAUCCGAACCCGAACCCACAGACACCAAGAACCAAGUCGGAGUCACUUUCGGACCUGGAGCCGUACAGCGAGCCGCAGACCGCCGUCACAGACGCCAAAAACACCGGGCUUAAAUUCGCCAAGUCGUUCCUGCUGGUUUUCCCCGUUUAUGUACUGGGUUACUUAGGGUUCAGUUUCAGUUGGAUUCUCAUCUCACUGGCUGUGCUGUUUUGGCUCAGACGGAACCAGGGGACGAGGUUUUCAGGAGUAAACAAAGCACUGGCCUUUUUAGAGCAUGAAGAGCAAGAAGUGAAACAAACUUUACCAACUUCUGAGCUGCCGACAUGGGUUCAUUUUCCUGAUGUGGAGAGAGUGGAAUGGCUCAAUAAGACAGUUCAUCAAAUGUGGCCAUAUAUUUGUCAGUUUGUCGAGAAACUCUUCCGUGAGACCAUCGAGCCUUCCAUCAAAGGAGCCAAUGCUCAUCUCAGCUCCUUCUGCUUCUCCAAGAUUGACAUGGGGGACAAGGCCCUGAGAGUGAAUGGAGUGAAGGUUUACACUGAGAAUGUAGACAAACGACAGAUUAUCAUGGACCUACAAAUCAGCUUUGUUGGAAACACAGAGAUCGAUGUGGAGAUUAAGAAAUAUUACUGCAGAGCAGGCAUCAACAGUAUCCAGCUUCAUGGGAUGUUGAGAGUCAUCAUGGAGCCGCUGCUGGGAGACAUGCCUCUGAUUGGAGAACUAUCUGUUUUCUUCCUCAAAAAACCUCUGCUGGAUAUUAACUGGACAGGUCUGACUAACAUGCUCGACAUCCCUGGACUGAAUGGACUGUGUGAUGGUGUGAUUGAGGACAUUAUUUGCAGUAACCUGGUGCUUCCUCAGAGAAUCACCAUUCCACUGGUGGGAAAAGCACAACUGGCCAAAUUACGCUUCCCAAUGCCAAAGGGUGUUUUGCGAAUACAUUUUCUAGAAGCCCAGGAUCUGUUGGCUAAAGACACAUAUCUGGGUGGUCUGAUCAAAGGAAAGUCUGAUCCAUACGGUGUCAUUAAGAUUGCCAAUCAGCUUUUCCAGAGCAAGGUCAUCAAGGACUGCUUGAAUCCCAAAUGGAAUGAAGUAUAUGAGGCAUUUGUGCAUGAUGGUUCAGGACAGAGUUUGGAAAUUGAGUUGUUUGAUGAAGACCCUGAUGAGGAUGACUUCCUUGGCAGGCUUACAAUUGACCUGAAUGAGUUGGAGAAGGAGCAGAAAGUUGAUGAGUGGUUUAUGCUGGAAGAGGUGACAGCAGGGAAACUACACUUAAAGCUCGAAUGGCUCUCACUUCUCGACACACCAGAGAAGCUGGACCAGGUGUUGAGCAGUAUUAGGGCAGAUAAAGGCCAAGCGAAUGAUGGGCUCUCCUCUGCACUACUGCUUGUACACCUGGACUCUGCUAAGAACCUGCCUAGUGUGUUUGAAGGCAAUCUGUCCGGUGGCUGUCUGAAGGAGCGUCGCUCUGCUGGGUUUGUGUUCUGUGAGAACACAGCAACACUAUACAGAACUCUGUUUUCUGCGAAGAAGGUCACCAGUGAUCCCAGUCCUUUGGUCCAGUUUAAAGUUGGACACACAGUUUUCGAGAGUAAGACACGUUAUAAAACCAAUGAGCCUGUUUGGGAGGAGGCCUUCACAUUCCUAAUACAUAACCCAAAGAGUCAGGACCUAGAAGUAGAGGUAAAAGACGAGAAGCAUGAGUGCACGCUGGGGAGUUUGUCUCUCCCUUUGACUCAGCUGCUGCAGGCUGAGCAGAUGACCCUCAGUCAGAAAUUCUCACUGAAGAGUGCAGGACCCAGUGCUACUCUCAAAAUGAAGAUUGCUCUUAGGGUUCUUAUGUUGGAAAAGUUGUCAGUUUCAGACCAGCCAUCAUCUGCGCAGGUUCACAGAAGUUCUAUUGUCAUUCCAAGUGCAUCAAAUUCCAAUGCCAAUUCCAAAAGUUCGAAGAACACCCUGAAAACCUCAGGUUCAGGUGUCAACUCCAAACCUUCUUCACAGCUCCCAAAUGUUUCUCAAAAUCAGUCGGUCCCUGACCUCCAAAGGUUGAGUGAGUCCACCUCUAACAGUGCAUUGGAGGACUCACCUGUUCGUCUAUCCAAUGCAAGAAGGAGUACAUCUAACUUGGCAAUUUCAGGCUCCCAGAUGAACCUGAACAACAAAGAGCCAACACCGAGCAUUGCCUCUGAUAUCUCCCACCCGUAUGCUUCCCAGGAGCUACAGCAAAGAAUCAAAGAUCUGCAUAAUGGUUCCACUCCUGGUCAUUUUCCCCUGGGAGAGAUUGAGCUGACGAUAAGACACAGCUCCCAGCGGAACAAACUUAUAGUAGUGGUACAUUGCUGCAGGAAUCUGAUAUCAUUCACAGAUAGCGGUUCUGACCCUUACGUGCGAUUGUAUCUGCUCCCGGAUAAGCGGCGAUCAGGACGUAGAAAAACAAACACCAUCAAGAAAAACCUCAACCCAGUCUUUGACCAAACAUUUGAGUUCAGUGUGUCACUGGUGGAGUUACACAGGAGAACUUUGGACGUAGCAGUGAAAAAUGGAGGAGGACUUCUGUCGAAAUACAAGGGUCUUCUGGGCAAGGUGUAUGUGGAUUGUGGAUCAGACAACGUAUCAAAGAGCUGGACACAAUGGUAUGAACUGAGUGAGGAUGGACAGAGAAAACCAUCCGUAUAAUCAGAACACUCUGUUUUGUACCGCUGGCCAAAAAUCAGGACUCCCUGCAUGGAAUCCCCUGCACAGACGACAAACGUCAGCCAUGUUUAAAUGGAAUUUUAAUGAACAGACAUAUUCUCUAUAUAUAAUAUGUAGAAUAUUCAUUUUAAUCAAGCUCAUUUUUAUUUAGAUGCCCAGCUAAAGGAAUAUAAUGCUUUGAAAUCUGAUUUCAUAAAUGCAUCUGCUGAGGUUACUUCAUAGUCUCAUGGUUUAAAUUGUGCAAUAGGAAGAUUUGUGCGCGCACGCGUGCGUGUGUGUGUGAGCGCCUGUGUGCGUGUGUGUGUGAGCGCGUGUGUGUGUGUGUGUUUGUAAGAAAGAUGAAAAAUUAACAAUUACAAAUCAAAUAAACAUACAGAAUAUUACUUUUUUUUACUAGAAGUCACAACCGUGUGUGUGUGUGUGUGUGUGUGUGUAUUCAUGCAUAAGUGCGUUCAGUCCUAAACUAAUAAUGAACCUAUACUGUGCACUAGUAUGACCUAGCUGUAUGACAUUUUGCACUCGCAAAGGUGUUUUGGUUUUGGGGAAACAGAUGGGAAGUUUUUGUUGUUUGUUUUAUUGUUUUAAUAUUUACCGUGAUGUAUAUACUUACUGCUUAUUUGCAAAUGUCUUUCUAAAAUAUUGUAAGGCUGUAUAGACGCAAACCAAAGCAUAGUCUCUCCUGCUGGUUACUGCUGUCCCUUUAAGUCCUCUGAAAUGAAGUUUGUAGUAGACCAUGAAUAUUCCCAUUUUGUUGUCUUUUUAUAAAUAAGGGAUCAUCAGUAAAAAAAAAAAAAGUAAUAACAAAAUUCUGUUGACAUUCUUCUGUGUGAUGACCUUUUCUUUCAGGGUUGUAUGUUUGUAUAUGUAUAUAGUUUGUGCCUUAGCCCUGCUUGGGUGUAUCAGGGGCAACUACAUGCCCCCGCAAAUGUGUGGCAACACUUUUAUUAACUAGAUAUUGUUGUAAGCCAUAUUGUUAACAAUAAGUAAGUAAGUUUAGACAACUCUUGGUCAACACUUGAUGAAUGUUUUGAUAGCCAAAUAAUGCAUAGCAUCUUCCAUUCUGUCAGUUUCAUUGUUUAUACACACCAAAUCUAUCACUAGUCACCGACUCAUUAGAAGUUAACAGUUAAAACACUAGCAGCAAAUCACCCAGCAUUAGCUAGCUUCAGCAGACAUGUGGCGUUUACUGCAGCAUUAAUGACACUGAAACUCAAUAAACAUAAAACUAUCAUAAA